AUGAUAUCAGUAGCAUUUCAUGGAACAAGAGCAUAUCUUAUAGACAAAAGUCUUAUACCAAUAGUUUUGUUAUGGUUAGACCCAGUUGUUGGAUAUAACUUCAUAACUUAUGGUUCAUUCGAUACGGAACGUUGCAGUGAAGGCUUACUUUACAUCGUUCAGAAACCGAAGGACUUCAAUACAAAGAGAUAUAAGAUAGGAAGAACAUAUAAUAUAACUCAAAGAUAUGACAGUACAGUCAAUAGAGUCAAGGUUGUGUUCGUUAAUGAUAUGAGAGCUGCUGAAACAGAACUGCUUGAAGUUUUUGAGAAAAUGUAUGGUGCUCCCACGAAAGGUAAAGAAACGUUUGAAGUAGAUGAGAUAGAUAAAGCUAUAAAAUUAUUUGACGAAGUUGCUGAAAAAUACAUGUAA